CUCAUUUUUUUUUUAUGAUCCUCGUGUGACCGCCUGGGGAUUUCCCGAUUGAGUGGAAAUAAAGGGUGCAUUUACCGAAAAAAAAAAGUAAAACGGCUGUUUACUUGGAACAUGAGUGAUGCAUCAGUAAAAGUCGAUAUUCGGCAAAGAUCAAGUCCAUUAGUAGUGACCGAUGGAGCAUCAACAAGUACUCUCCAGGAUAAGAACGAAGAGAAAAAAUUGUUGAAGAAGAUUGAUUGGCGCAUUGUUCCUUGGAUUUUUUGUCUGUAUUUCUUGUCAGUGGAAGAUCGAUCGAAUGUGGGAUUUGCCAUGACGAUGAAUAAGGAUGUGAAUCACACAUUGGCAGAUACUGCGGGAUUAACACCACAAGAGAAUAACAUUGGCUUGGGGUUAUUCUACGUAGCUUACAUCAUUUUCGAAGUGCCUUCCAACUUGAUGAUGGCACAUGUUAAUCCAGCUCACUGGAUUGCACGUAUCAUGAUCACAUGGAGUAUUGUUGUUUGUUGUAUGGUGGCUAUUUCAAAAGCAUGGCAUUUCUAUUUGUUACGUUUUUUGUUGGGAUUGUUUGAAGCUGGAUUUUGGCCAGCUUAUUAUUACACGUUAUGGUACACACCGGAAGAGAUUUCAGCUCGUCUCGGCGUAGUAUAUCUAGCGGGACCUACAUCAGGUGCGUUUGGAGGAUUGAUCUCUGCCGCAGUGCAAUUAAUUGAUACGCGUGGUAAUUUAUACGGUUGGCAAUGGUUAUUUUUAUUCUCGGGAUUGAUUUCCAUCAUCUUUGGUGUCAUUACCAUUUUUUAUUUACCUUCCACACCUGAGAAAUCCACCAAGUUCUUGACCGAGGAUGAACGUGUGCGCAUCAAAAAAAGAUUGGAAGCAUCUACUCAAGAAAGAGCUGUGUUGGACACUGUUGAGGAACGUAACAUGAAGCGUAAUUUGAAGCAAGUAUUAAGUGAAUUCAAGGACUUUAAAAUUUGGUUGUUUUGUGUCUUAUAUUUCACACCUGUGAUGGCAGCAACUUCCUUGGGUUAUUUUAUUCCCAAGAUUGUGCAACAGAUGGGUACAUUUACUUCCAUUCAAGUCAGUUUAAUGAGUAUUCCUCCCUUUGUCUUUGGUUGUAUCAUGGUCUAUAUCCUCACUCGACUCAGUGAUCAUUGCAAUAAUCGUGGCUUCUUUAUUAUUGGUGCAUCGUGUGCUGCUUUCGUAGGAUUCUGUAUUUUAAGUUUUGCAGAACCGAUCGGUGCCCGUUAUUUUGGACUUAUGGUCUUGGCUGGUGGCACAUACCCUACUGUUCCUUUAAGUAUGGCAUGGACUGCAAAUUCCAAGGAAGAUCCAGUAGCCGUUGCAUCCGCCACAGGUAUUGUAUCCUCGGUAGCAAAUUUCGGUGCCUUGAUCUGUACAUUUGCACUUUACUCUGGUUGGGCGUCGGAUGCACCUCGUUAUAUUGGCUCCAAUAUGAUUAACGGUGGAGCUAUGUUAAUUGCUGCCAUUUGUGCUUUUGGCUUAAGAAUUCACCUGUCAAAAUUAAACAAGAUCAUUGAACGAGAUGGUUACGUAGGCGACCGAACCUAUCCUUAUAUUCUUUAAUUAAUUCAUAAAUAAAAUAAAAAUAAAUAGUAC